AUGAACCUCACAUUGCGGAUUGUAGCAUGGAACGCCAACGGGCUAGUACAGCGUAAACAAGAUCUAGAUAAUUUUUUAAAUACUGAAAACAUCAACAUUGCUCUUAUAUCUGAAAUACACUUUACAUCGUGGACUGUUCUAAAAAAAAAAAACUACAAGAUUUAUACAACUUUACACCCGAGUGGUAGAGCACGCGGCGGUACAGCUGUAGUCAUAUGAGAAACUAUAAAACACUUUGAGCUUGAAGAAUACUCAAAACUGUACAUACAAGCCACAAUUGUGUAAUGAUAAGUUAUGUAUACUACUAUUGUUUGUGUUAAAGAUGAAAAUAAUGACCUCUCGGUCACAGCUAUUUAUUGUCCACCCCAAGGAGGUGCAGAUGAAACUAGAUUCACUUCAUUUUUCCAAACGCUAGGAGACGCUAGGUUUAUUUCUGGCGGUGACUACAAUGCUAAACACUCUCACUGGGGAUCAAGACUGAUCACUCCAAAAAACGCCAAGAUCCAAAACUUACAAAGGCAACGACCGCCAGCUCACCUACUCGAAGGAAAUUAG